AUGCAUGACACACCGCAAGUAGCUCACCCUCGUAAGGACACGUUAAAGUAUUUCUGGCCCAGUAUGUAUGCUCGCAUCCAGUACCUACUCAACCUUAGGAAAGGACCAAGUCCAACGCCAAAGGGCUGGAGUGAACACAACGAGGAAUGGACUCCAUUGCAGGGCUCCUAUGGAAAUAAUGUUGAGGAAAAUAUAUUGGCUGACAUCAAGAAGGCCAAGUAUUUUGGAAUUCAUUUUGACAGUACACCUGAUAUUUCUCAUACAGAUCAGAUGUCCGAAGUGAUUAGAUAUGUUCCUAUUGAAGGUGAUUCUGUUGAAGUAAGGGAAUCUUUCUUGGGUUUCUUUCCUAUUGCUGGAAAAACUGCAAGUGAGCUCACAAAGGAUAUCCUGAGUAAUUUGGAGAGUGAUGGACUGGACAUUAACUUUUGCCGCAGUCAAGGGUAUGAUAAUGUUGCAACUAUGGCUGGUAUUCAUGGAGGUGUUCAGAAGAAAAUCAAAGAAAUAAAUCCAAAGAAGUAUUUGCAAACAGAAGGAAUAAGUCUUGAAAAGUGCACUGUAAAGCUCAAUGGUUUGAAAUUGUUUCUUCGAGGUCAGCGGAAUGAAAUUGUGGAGAGAGCGAUUCAAUAUGCAACUACACAAUGUGAAGAAAUGGGCAUCUCCAUGGAAACAAGAGGGAGGAUAAGACGUAAGAAAAUGAUGCCAGAAGAAAUGGCUAGGGAUGCUGGACUGACAAUGCAAGAGGAAAUGAGGAAAUCAAUGUUUGAAUGCUUAGAUCGAUUUAGUCUAGAAUUGGAUGCUCGUUCAGAGGCCAUGGAUAACAUCUUGUCAAUAUUUGCAGCUAUUCAGCCAAGCUACUUGCUUUCUGCAAAAGAAGAACAACUUCAGGGGAGUAUUUCAAAUUCAAGCAUGACCAAGAUUUUUAAUGAAAUUUCUGAUGAGGAUGUCAUGGAUGAAAUUAUGCCACUUCGCAGACACAUGGAGGCUGCCAAAAUCACACCUGAAGAAGCAAAUAAAUGGACAGUCUUGCAGUUCCUGAAGUUUAUUGUCAAAUGA